AUGCCCCCCUUCUCCAACCGCGUCAUGGGAACCAAAUCCCACGCAGUGCUGCGGCACCCCGCGCUAGCUCAGUACCCUCCAGCAGAGCGCAUCCGCAGACUCCUAGCGCAGCCACUCUCGGCCUCGCUAAUGGAUCCCAGUGAGAUCCUAGUCUUCCCAGAAGAACAAAUGCUCUGUCCGGUCUGCUACAACCUCGACCCGCGCCGAGCGCCAUCCGAUGACGGCAAAUUCGAGCAGGCAUGGGCCCGAGCCGAAUACCGGAUUCCCGACGAUGCCUCCGUCGCCAUCGUCGAGAUCGAUACGCCCACGAAACUCCUCGAGUCUGCCCGGAAUGGAUGCUUCCACUGUCCUAUUGUUGCCUCGGUGCUAGGAGCUAUCCACCCCGGGUGGGAGGCUGAGAAGACCUUUCUGGACAUCUUUCUGGCAAGUGGUCUUCCUGUCGUUGUGAGGCUGCAGUUUGGCACCAGGAGUACCAAGAUGUUGGCCAGCCAGGCGACGGGGGAUCUUGGGUUUCAUUUACCGCUAGGGCAAGAUGUCGGGUGGUCUGUGACUGUUGAUCCGGAGUGUAAGUCGACGGUUGAUAUCGAGAUUUAUAGACCUGUCGUGCCGGAGGGCCUGAAGCUUGUUAGUGAUAUUGCCCUGGCCCCCCUCGUGCACAACAUCGGUUUUGCAGAGGACAUCCCCGACGACGGUGGGAUGCAACAUCGUCUGGCGUUCAUCAAAAACCAGGUCAGCUUGUGCGUGCGCCAGCACCAAUGCGCCCGUAACAGCCCUGUGCCCCUGCUACCUGAUCGCGUGCUAUGGGUCGCAGCGAACAACGCGACGCGCAUCCAGCUGGUCGAGCCGGAGAAUGUGCGCGCACUGUACCUGACUCUCAGCUACUGCUGGGGAUCGUCGCUGGACGCAACAGCCUGCUGCACCACCGCGCAGACCCUGGCGUCCCGAAAAGCCGGCAUCGCGUUUGACGAGCUGCCCCCGCUCUUUCAAGACGUGGUGAUGCUCGCCCGCCACCUCGCUAUCGAGUACGUCUGGAUCGACCGUCUGUGCAUCCUCCAGGGCCACGACGGAGACUUCCACGCGCAGUCGGCCCAGAUGGCCGAGAUCUUCGGCAACGCCACUCUGACCAUCGCGGCGGCGUCCGCCAGCAGCGUAAAUGACCGGAUGGUUCAGUCCCGGAUGACUCGACACUUCCAAGCCAGCGCCGCCGGCAGCAUCGGCACCCUGCGACUGCACUUCCGACGGCGAUCACACCCGCUAAGACAAGAGCCCGACGGCGGCGAUUACGGCGCGAUAUCAAGGCGCGCAUGGAUCUGGCAGGAGCGACUUCUGUCCGCGCGGACCGUGUUUUUCACGCCUGGGGGUGAGCUCAAGUUCGAAUGUCGCCACCACUCGGUCUGGGAGGGGUUUGCCCCCGGGUGUACCGGUCAUUCGUGGUCUGCGCGGCUUGAUAGGGCGACGCAGGCCGAGUGGACCGCGCUGGUGGAGGAGUACAUGCGGAGGGAUAUCACCCGUCCGUCGGAUCGGUUGCCUGCCAUUCAGGCUGUCAUGAAGCGAGUUGCGGAGCGGACGGGGUGGAGACCGUUCUGGGGCGUAUGGGAAGACGCGCUACCUAGUGGUCUGGGCUGGAGAGCGGACUACCACGCGGAGGGUUCCAUCUGUGAGAUGACACCUGCGCACUACGCUCCGAGCUGGAGCUGGGCGAGCGUCGUCGGUCCCAUUUCGUAUGCGCUUGCUACGCCGCCUGCUACACAUGCUGUCUCGGUGAUGGAUGGUGGAUCCAUGCGCUGGGACCUGACCUGUCAGGUCCUUGAUCGAGACUCUGAACGGAUCCAGAUUAGUGGACGCGCUGUUUUCGUCGAGCUCCACGCCGUCGUCGAGGAGUCCUGUCUCGACGGCAGAGAACAAGAGCAGAAACGGCCGUGCAAGUACAAAUUGAAGGGCCGUGCGGACAACCAGCAAGACCUCUCGAUCACGGCAGACGUGCCUUUGAAGCCAUGGUAUACCACCAUCGACGGCAAGGAGGUGUCGACUGUCGUGCGUGUCCCGUACGGCGAGAUGCCGCCCGACCAGUCGUGGAGUGCUCCCUGCGCAGCGAUUUCCCUGGGACGGAGGAUGGCGCGGCAUUUGGUUCUUUUCGUGGGUCUCUCGAUGCGCACUCCUGGUGCUUUAGAGCGCAUUGGACUGGCGGAUGGCAUUCUAGGUGCUACGUUUUCGGGAUGUCCGACGUGGACGAUAGAUUUGGUUUAA